AAAAGAAGAACUUAUGGAUGCAUGGAAGCAGUUCGGUAACAUCCAGCUCAACCGAUGAUGGGUUGAUGGCAGGGCUGGGGUUUCAAAAAUAGGCGAAACUCUGCGAUUGAGUGAGUCUUUCUCAAGAGCUAUAUAUAUUCAUCUUUCUUCUAAACUCAUCAGAUUCAAUUCCAACUUCCGACCUUCCCUAGGAGGUAGGUAUUGAAAAUACACCAAGAUGAGAUCAAUAGGUGGAAAGGAAGUGGGUUGCAUAUCCAGCUUGGUUGUACAUGUAGUGACUAUAAUGGUUCUUGUUCUUGCAAUCUUUGAGGCUGUGGGAGCAAAAAAUUGUUCUUCAUACUGUGGAGAUAUCCAUAACAUCACCUACCCUUUUCGAUUAAAAGGCGACCCUAGUGAUUGCGGUGAUCCGUACUGUGAACUCACUUGCGAGAGCAAUCAAACAACCACCUUGUUGAUAAACUCCCAGAAAUACGUCGUCAAGGAAAUCUAUUACGAGGGUAUGGGAGUUCGAGUCGUCCAUUAUGAUAUAGAGAAUGACAACUACUGCCCCUCUCCACCGCCUAUCCUCACCCCAAACGACCUCAUGCUUUCCACUCCAACCGUCUGGGAUUCGAAUGAUUUUGAGCUUUGGUAUUUUGGCGGUAUUGUUUUCGUGAAUUGUUCAGCUCCGGUGGAAGACAAUUUUAGGUACAUACCCUCUAAUGGGCCUUGCCCUUCCAACAACAGAAGCAAUAUUAAUAAUAAUAGUUCUUCUUGGCAUAUAUACUCUGUUUCUUCCUUCUGGUUUGGAUAUGAAUCUGUAUACUUAGGACCCCCGUCUGCUUGGGAUCUCCAAAAGAACUGCAACGUCAUUGCUACAUUUUCAGUGACAUUUUUGGAUCAAACAUUUUCUAGAGAAAAUUUCAGUCGUCAUGGUCUGAAUCAUUCUUACAUUCAAUCCAUUCUAAAGACGGGCUUUUAUCUAUCAUGGCGUGAUCCCUUAUGCCAACAGUGCCGGGAUAAAGGGAUCCGCUGUCCGAUGUCUUUUAUUGACGAAUGUGAAGAUGAACAAAUGUUGAAUUGGGAACCUUACUGCAAGAACAGAUUUGGAUCUCUUCACUGUGUCGUUUACACCUUUCGUCAAGUAAUGAAGAACAAUGUUCUGUGGGGUUUAAAGCACUACUUCUACGAAACUCAUCAAGGAAGGAUACUUGCAUCUUACAUUUUAGGAGGAAGGGAGUUCAUUGGCAUUUUAUGUGUUUGUGCAUUUUUGUUCCCAAAAUUUAGAAGAAGACACUAUUGGAUGGAUACUACAGUUGAAGAGUUCUUAAGCAAUUACAAGACUCAAACCCCAACAAGGUACUCUUACUCCCAAAUCAAGAAAAUGACUAACAAAUUUACAGAAAAAUUAGGGGAAGGAGGCUUUGGUUCAGUGUUCAAAGGAAAGCUCAUAAGUGGAGGUCUAGUUGCAAUAAAGAUGCUUGGAAAAUCCAAAGCAAAUGGGCAAGAUUUCAUCAAUGAAGUUGCUACUAUUGGAAGAAUUCAUCACGUGAAUGUUGUCCGACUUAUUGGGUUUUGCUCCGAGGGAUCAAAAAGAGCUCUUAUCUAUGAAUUUAUGCCCAAUGGGUCUUUGGAUAAGUAUAUAUAUUCAGAAGAAGGCGUUGAAAAUUUUUUAAGUUGGGAAAAGAUAUAUGAGAUUGCGUUAGGGAUAGCUCGCGGGAUUGAAUAUUUGCAUCGAGGUUGUGAUAUACAGAUUCUUCACUUUGACCUCAAGCCUCAUAACAUUCUUCUUGAUGCGAAUUUUCAACCUAAAAUUGCAGAUUUUGGUCUUGCAAAAUUCUACCCAACAAAUGAAAAUACAGUGUCAGUCACUCGCGCUGUUAGAGGAACCAUAGGGUACAUUGCCCCCGAACUAUUUUACCCUAACAUUGGAGGCGUGUCAUACAAAUCUGAUGUUUAUAGUUUUGGAAUGAUGCUGAUGGAAAUGGCUGGCAGAAGGAAAAAUUUGAAUGCAGUUGUAGAGCAAACAAGCCAGAUUUACUUUCCAUCAUGGGUUUACAACAGGCUUGAACAGGGGGAAGACAUGGAAUUGAAAUAUAACACAGAAGAUGAAAAGGAAAUAGCAAAGAAGUUGAUAGUAGUGGCAUUAUGGUGCAUUCAACUAAAGCCUGUGGAUCGUCCUUCUAUGACCAAAGUAAUGGAGAUGCUAGAAGGGACUCAGGAACUGUUAGAAAUGCCACCCAAGCCUUUCUUAGCUACUGAACUACAAUCAGUUCCUAAUGAAGUUGAUCCAGCAACAACAAGCAUGAACACAAUGGAGAUCUCAAUCGCUCCCAGAUGAUGAUCAGUCUUGUUUAUGACAAAUGGGUACUGUUUCCUUAUUUAGUUUAUGUUGUAUGUGGUAUUUAAAGUU